CAUCACCAUGAACUCUCUAUAUAAGCUCCUCUGUUUCCUUUCCACACUUCUCAGCUACUUAAAACAAUUUUUUUAUUUCUGAUUCUAGGGUUCUUCACUCAUGGACGAUAACGAGCUUCAUUUGUCUCCUCCCGCGCAGAUGCUACCUCAAAGAAUGGAAUCAGGAGGUCCUUAUUGUCUUCUGCACUGUUCAGGCCUUGGUGACAAAGAGGGAGUGAUGCAAGAGCUUGAGAAAGGAGUGGAACCCAAUCUGGUUGACUAUGAUAAGAGAACAGCACUUCAUUUAGCUGCCUCUGAAGGUUGUGCGGAGAUUGUUGUUCUACUUCUUGAGAAAGGAGCUGAUGUGAACUCCACAGAUCGUUGGGGUCGAACUCCACUCUCCGAUGCCCGUAACUUUGGUCACGAGGAUGUCUGCAAGAUUCUAGUGGCCCAUGAUGGUUAUGAUCCGUUGGGUGACUCUGAUACUCCAUGUUGUAUGAUUGGUCAUGGUGAAGUGGACAUGAAGGAUGCAACUCUUAUUGGAGAAGGUGCAUAUGGUGAAGUUUAUUUGGUAAAGUGGCGCGGUACAGAAGUUGCCGCAAAAACCAUUCGUGCUUCCAUUGCAUCAAACCCAAUGGUGAAGAAUGCUUUUAUGAAGGAAUUAGCAUUGUGGCAAAAGUUGCGCCAUCCCAAUAUUGUGCAGUUUCUCGGGGUUCUAAAGCAAUCUGAUCGAUUGAUCUUUCUCACCGAGUAUCUUCGAAAUGGAAGCUUGUAUGACCAAUUGAGAAAGAAAGGAAGACUUGAUCCACUAACAGCAGUUGCUUAUGCACUAGAUAUUGCAAGAGGAAUGAAUUAUCUACAUCAGCAUAAGCCUCAUUCUAUUAUCCAUAGGGAUUUGACUCCUAGAAAUGUAUUGCAGGAUGAAGCAGGGCAUCUUAAAGUCACAGACUUUGGACUCAGUAAAAUUGCACAACAGAAGGAUUCUUAUGGUUACAAAAUGACUGGAGGGACUGGAUCAUAUCGAUAUAUGGCUCCAGAAGUUUAUCGUCGAGAAUCAUAUGGGAAGAGUGUUGAUGUUUUUUCAUUUGCUCUAAUCGUCCAUGAGAUGUUCCUAGGAGGACCAUCAAAUAGGGAGGAAGCUGCAGAGAAAGUGGCAGAUAAGACAGCAUACGAAGAUUAUCGGCCACAUCUCGCGUCAUACAUCUUUCCUGAGCAAAUCAAGACGUUGCUUCGUGAAUGCUGGCACAAGAACCCUGAUCGUAGACCCUCGUUUCAAGAAAUAAUUGAUCGUCUUGAGAAAAUCCAUGCGACUUUGCAAGAAAAGAUAGUCUUGGGAACAUGCUGUAGCUGUAUGGUAUUAUAAGUUGAAUCAUCUCAAGCUGAUCUCAUGUUAUCACAUAUUGCAUUUCAUUUCUCUGGUUACAAAGGAGCUUCUGCAUAGCCCUUUCAGAUUUGAAAAUACAUAAAUAAAGU